AUGGCUCCCAGUUUACCGGCAGAGGUCCUGUAUAUGAUCCUAGAUCAGCUCCGAGAUGAAAGGGACUAUAACACUAUCUAUCAAUUUGCACUCUGCUCGAAGUACUUCACAGAACCGGCAUUGACAAUUCUCUACCAACUGUAUGAUACCGCGCCAGUGACAGGCGGCGGCGCAACAGAAGACGAGCAGAUCAAAGCCCGACGGACUGGAGGCUCAGUAGAGGAUGCUAAACGGCAGCAGGAAAGGACGAUUUGGAAAUGGGCGGCUAUGUGGCGUUCCGUCAUCCUGUCCGCGAUUGACCAGACCUAUCUUCCGUACUGCAACUAUAUCCGGCACUUGAACCUCGAGGAUUUAUCAGAUUUGCUCAGUCACUCCGGGUUUAAAGACAAGACACACGAUUAUUUCUUUACAUCAGAACUCCGUGAAGCUGCAGGCCAACAUAAUUGGAAUAGAAGGCUUCGGUCGAGAAGUGCUCAAGAUUUUCCUUUAUUAGUAACCGGGCUUGGCUCAGCGAUUAUCAAGAAUACAAAUUCAAUACGGGGCUUGUCAUGUAACAUUUCAACUGAUACACUGUCCGACUGGCUUGAGCAUCUACCGUCGUUGCAGACUCUAUCAAUCUGGGAUGGAGGAAAUCUUACGCAGCCUGUCGGAAACAAGAUCCGCAACCACUGCCCUCAGUUCAAGCGAAUUACGGCGUAUAGAUGGGCAAGUAACGGACCCUGGCACACGGAGGCUGAAUCUGAACGGUUCCUCAACGAGCUGAGGCCUCAUACACUUGAGCAUUUUGAGGUUAUCAGUUUCAAUUUUCUAAGCAGUGACUCAAUCAGUGGCCUAAGUACCCAUUUGAGUUCACUGACAGAACUGAAACUGACCUCUCUUGGUCUUAAUGCCAUCGCAUCGUUGCCUUCACUAACAGCUCCACCGGCCCUAAGGGCACUGGCCUUGACAGACUCCAAGGUUUUGGUGGACAAUGAUCUAGUCGACUCGAUUAUUACGCGUCUUGGUCAAUGGAUCCAUAGUUGCAAGGCACUGAAAGAAUUGCACAUCAGGAGAUUUGUCUUUGAUCCUAAUACAUUGUUAUCCCAGGCUCUUGCUAACGGUGGGCCUCGCCUGACUACCCUUUCGUUGUCUGACUAUGUCGCGAGUGAAGCUCGCGAUUUUCAUGAAACCUUGGGUUCACAGAAGACACUACAGAACCUCUACCUCAGCGGUGAGGGCAUGGAGCCAGUUGAAGAUAACGUGCACCUUGUUCAGGCAUUUGCUGAGCUAAAUGAGAUCCGUGUGCUUGAGCUCAAGGGAGUAUCCAACGGCUUCACUCAGGACCACGUCAUGGCCUUGGUGGCAUUGAUUCCACGCGUGGAGAGACUCUGGAUCGAUGGCGACUACUUCGAUGAUAGCAUUUGGCUUGCAUUCAGCUGUCUUUCCAAACUUCGCAGUCUGGUCAUCCAAGCGCUCAGCGAAUUCUCGGAGCAGGCGAUUAUCAGUUUCGUCACUAAGCUCAAGUCAGGUAGCCAUGGGUUCAACUUAUCAAUCAUGAAUUCGGUAACAGAGGCGAAUCUUUCGGAGGAUGCACAGAAAUCAAUUCGUGAUAUCCUGAUCGGUGGAUUGUUCGAAUUCGGCCUGGCACAAGAGGAAUUUAGUGAUAUGAGUUCAGAGGAGUUCUCGGAUUGA